GCCGGUGUGGCGGACCGGAACCGGAAAUGGCUGCGAGGUGGCUCCUGCUGGCGCUCCUCGCCGCCCACGCCGCGGCUCUUCCUGAUCUCAUUAGGAUAGGUGGGCUGUUUCAUCCGUCAGACGACAAGCAGGAAGUGGCCUUUCGUUAUGCCGUGGAAAAGAUCAACGCUAACCGAGACAUCCUCCCCAAGUCUCGUCUCAGCGCCCAGAUUGAGCAAAUAAAGCCGCAGGAUAGUUUUCACGCUUCCAAGCGGGUGUGUCAUUUGCUGAAGAGCGGAGUGGCGGCGAUUUUUGGGCCUCAAAGCGCGCACACCGCCUCCCAUGUGCAGAGCAUAUGUGACACCAUGGAAAUUCCACAUUUAGAGACACGAUGGGACUACAGACUCAGACGACAGAGCUGUCUCGUCAAUCUUUAUCCUCAUCCCACCACACUCUCCAAGGCGUACGUUGAUUUGGUGAAAGCCUGGGGGUGGAAGAGUUUCACCAUCAUCUACGAGAACAACGAAGGUUUAGUACGAUUGCAAGAGCUCCUAAAGGCACACGGACCUAGCGAAUUUCCUAUUACGGUUAGGCAACUCAACGAGGGCUCCGAAUAUCGGCCGUUGCUGAAGCAGAUAAAGAACUCGGCCGAGUCGCACAUUGUACUGGAUUGCUCCACCGAGAGGAUUUUCGACGUGUUGAAGCAGGCACAGCAAAUAGGGAUGAUGAGCGACUAUCACAGUUACCUCAUCACCUCUCUGGACCUGCACAGCGUCGAUUUGGAGGAAUUCAAGCACGGAGGGACCAAUAUCACUGCCUUUCGAUUAGUGGACCCGGAGAAGCCGGAAAUUCAAAAGGUCGUGCAAGAUUGGAUCUACGGCGAGAAACGUUAUAACCGUGAGCUCGAUAUGGGACAAAGCUCCAACAAGAACAACCUCACCUGCAUAAAGACUGAAACGUCGUUGAUGUACGACGCCGUGCACCUGUUCGCCAAAGCACUUCACGAUUUGGACACGUCCCAGCAGAUCGACAUCAAACCGUUGUCCUGCGAGUCCACCGACACCUGGCCUCAUGGAUAUUCACUCAUAAACUACAUGAAAAUCGUGGAAAUGACGGGACUGACAGGGAUCAUAAAGUUCGAUCAUCAAGGAUUUCGCUCAGACUUCAUUCUGGAUAUUAUCGAACUCAACAACAAGGAGGGCUUGAAGAAGAUUGGAACGUGGAACAGCACUAAGGGUAUAAAUUUUACGAGAAGCUACAAAGAGGAGUAUACUCAGAUCGUCGAGAAUCUUCAAAAUAAAACCUUCAUCGUUACGACAAUAUUGAGCGCACCGUAUUGCAUGAGGAAGGACUCGAGCGAGAAGCUCACCGGAAACGCGCAAUUCGAGGGCUACAGCAUCGAUUUGAUUUACGAGAUAUCGAGAAUACUGGGCUUCAAUUAUACGUUCCAUCUGGUGCCAGAUGGACGAUAUGGUUCCUACAACAAGCAGACCAAAGAGUGGGACGGUAUGAUGAAAGAACUGCUCGAUCAGAAGGCCGAUCUAGCGAUCGCUGAUUUGACCAUCACAUACGAUCGGGAGCAAGCGGUCGACUUCACUAUGCCGUUCAUGAACCUAGGUAUCAGCAUACUGUACCGUAAGCCUAUAAAGCAACCACCAAAUCUGUUCUCGUUCCUCAGCCCCCUGAGUCUGGACGUUUGGAUUUAUAUGGUGACAGCUUAUCUGGGUGUCUCGUUGCUGCUCUUCAUACUCGCCAGGUUCAGCCCCUACGAGUGGGAGAAUCCCCAUCCGUGCAACGGACAGUCCGAGGUCCUCAAGAACGAGUUCACCCUGAUGAACUCGCUCUGGUUCACCAUAGGCUCGCUCAUGCAGCAAGGCUCUGAUAUAGCGCCGAAGGCCGUGUCAACACGCAUAGUGGCGGGUAUGUGGUGGUUCUUCACUUUGAUCAUGAUUUCUUCAUACACUGCCAACUUGGCUGCGUUCCUCACCGUCGAGAGGAUGGAUUCACCGAUCGAGAGCGCUGAGGAUCUCGCAAAGCAGACGAAAAUCAAAUAUGGGGCUCUCAAAGGUGGAAGUACCGCGGCCUUUUUCCGAGAUUCCAAUUUCUCGACGUACCAGCGCAUGUGGUCCUUCAUGGAUUCAGCAAAGCCGUCGGUAUUUACAACGAGCAACGUCGAGGGUGUAGAUCGGGUGAUCAAGGGUAAAGGCAGUUACGCGUUCCUAAUGGAAUCCACUUCUAUCGAAUACGUAAUCGAGAGAAACUGCGAUCUGACUCAAGUUGGCGGUCUGUUGGACUCGAAGGGUUAUGGCAUAGCCAUGCCACCAAAUUCGCCGUACAGAACCGCCAUAAGCGGAGCCAUCCUGAAGCUGCAGGAAGAGGGGAAGCUACACUUGCUGAAGACGCGCUGGUGGAAGGAGAAACGAGGCGGAGGAUCUUGCAGGGACGACACAUCGAAGAGCAGUUCAACAGCAAACGAGCUAGGUCUGGCGAACGUCGGCGGUGUGUUCGUGGUUCUGAUGGGCGGGAUGGGCAUCGCUUGCGUGAUAGCGGUAUGCGAGUUCGUGUGGAAGAGCCGGAAGGUCGCCAUCGAAGAACGGAAGCAGAAAUCCUCGGGGAAACCGAUCUGCGAAGCUUUUACCGAUCUACACUAACGGACGAUAUACCGAUCCUCUUGCGAAACGAAAACUAUCGAUUCCUAAGCCCGAGAAAAGCGUAUCUGACCCGAUGGACGUAAGGAGGAACUCCACCAUUGAUCAAGAACCGUGUGCCAUCUUGACAGACACACUAACUGUAGAAAGUUCAAACGAAACGUAUAAUCAAAAGAAGGAGCAACGAUCCUCGACCUUUCCAGUUUUUUCUUUUUCGUUGUAUCGUGGAUGUAAAGAUCAUUGCCGGGUGUCGUUCAAAUUUCAUUGAAGAGUCGAGGUUAGAUAAGUGCUUCAUUUUUGAAAAUUUAUUUUCAAAUAAUUCGAUCGAAACAACGCGGAUAUGUAGGACUGAUAUUUAUUUCUGAAGAUAAAUAAACAAAGAAAUUUAUAAAUAUCAGUCAUUUCUGAAAAUAUACACAAAAUUGUAUGACAGAGAUGAAUGUGAUACAUAAUUUAAAAAGAGGAAUAUUGAAUAAAUUGUCCAUUGUUCGACACGUUUCUACAUUUCAAUUUUUAUAUAGUUUAUGCACAAAUACUGUCGGAAUGAACUCUUCGUUGUCAAUUUAUUUCUCGAAAGAAAAUAAUGAAAGAAACGAAGCUAACGAAAAUUUAAAUUUAUUUAAUAUUCCAAAUAUUGUUUAAAAAAAGUGGUAUCAAAAAUGCUAUAUUAAAUCAUAAUGUUUUUAACCAUCAUACCAGUAAAAAAUUAAAAAUAUGUGUUCGUUUAUAAAUUGUAAUCGUAUGUCACAAAUAAAUUUUCAGAAAUGUCAAAGUGAUCUAACCUCAGUCCCGGAAAUUCGAUGAAAUUGGAAAGGUCAAUGGCGUUCGCCAAUUUGCUCAUAUCAAAUCUUAGAUUAAUCGACGACGACUUGAAGCCUCGCAACGAGAAGGGACAGUGUCUCGGUCGAUUGUUGAUAAAAGACACGGCGUGACAUUCACGACGGACACGCCGUGAUCGUGACUGACUACCGUGCUGCAGAUAAACGGGAACUGUUAACGAACAAUCACGAUUUUAUACCGAUUAGAUAAUUAUUAAUGUAUAGCGUCGGAUUGCGAACGUUUUACUUGUAUGUACAUAUUGCACCGCGUCGCUCGAGGCCCGAAGUUGGCGAGUUUCUCGAUAAAGCGAGCGAAAAAGGCAAGAGGGAAUAAUUGAAUUCGAGAAAGAUAUUGCCCGGGAAAGUUUCAGGUCCACGAAACUUGCGAACUUCGGCCUGGGACUUCGAGCAAACGAAAGAACUUCGUUCAUAGACCAUUCUGUGUGUCUCGUAUAAACCUUGUAUUAUACGGAAUUAAUGGGGAAAAAAAUGAAACGAACAAAAAAAAAACAAAGAAAACGAGAGUAAAGGGCGAAUCUUUUACGUGAAGGUUCGAAAGGACACGCGCACGAUGUGUGACAGUUUAGUAUGACAUUGUUAGUUGUGUCGCAAUGUUUCUUGCCUCUCUUUCUCUCCCGCCAUGGAUACGCAGGAGGUGAGCAAGUUUUCCAUUUUGUCUAUGUUGUUCGCUGGUUGAUUGACAUGGUCGUAAAGCAUGGAUUUUUUCGAACGAGCUAUUCCGUCGCGGUGUGUUUCUUUCGUUUCGUUUUGCGUUCGAAACCCGCGCAAUGCUGGAAAAAUGGAAUUGUGAAAGAAUUCGUAUCUGGUAGAUCUGUGCGGAAAUUGGAGAAUUGUUAAUGCAGAAUGUUAAUUUCGUUUCGGGUGAAAAUGGAAAGACUGGUUUUAUUGUCCAUUUUAAUACAUUUCCAUUGUUCUUCGACGUGAUUUGGAAAUAUAGAAUAGUACGAUUGCAAGUGUUUUGUUUUUAUUUUGAAGCCCUUAACACGAUCGUUGAUUGUGGAGCAUGUUGCUUGUAUUAUGGAGAUCUUGGAUGAUGAAUGGGUGUACAGAUUUUUAGUAUUUGUUGAUAGUAUGGUAUCGACUAUGAUAGCUGAUUUGAGGUUUGAAGAAUUUGAGAAUUUCAGGAUUUAUAAGUUUGGGAAUUUAAAAAUUUGGGGAUUUGAGUAUUUGAGACUUUGGGAAUUUGGGUAUUAAGAAAAUUAGGGAAUUGGGGAAUCAGGGAAUUAGAGAACAGGGGAAUUAGGGAACAAGGGAAUUAGGGAACCAGAGAAUUAGGGAACCAGAGAA